UGUUUUGAUUUAGCCCAAUGUGAGAAGCCCAGGCCCAUUUAUAAUCCAAAACUGACUUCUCUUCGUUUUGGCUUUCUUCAGACCUUACCUCACUAACAACGGUACAUCAGAAAUAUUAUCACUAACUGAUCGGAGAUCGGAGAGGAGGAAUUUCAUUUCACUCCUUGGCCUGAUAUACAAUAAAUUCACUCACAACAGAUCUCACUCUUGAUCACCUUUCCCAACUUCUUAUCAAACCUCAAUCAUUUAAGGCUUUGGAAAUUGUUGCAUUUGUUUCCAGAGUUAAGAAAAGUAUUCAAUUCAAUUCAGAUUUUGUACUCAUUCUUUUUGGAAAGACAGCCUUUUUUUUUUAAUUGUGAGCCAUUUAAACACAGAGAAUCCAAUCUGAAAUGGAAAACCCACCACCUGGAUUGGUUAUAUCUAUGACUGAACCAAUCCUCUCAUUCCUCACAUCAGCUUCCACAAAUCACAAACUUUCUCAGGAGCUUCAAGAAAUUGCUUCUGAUAUCUCUUCAAAACCUAAUGUUCCCUACAAGUCUCUCCGAACCAUCUGGUCUUCCUCUGAUAUCACUGACCGCCCUAGCUUGAUUCAACUCCUUUCCGGCUCAAAGUUUGUUCUAACAAGCCCCAAACCUCGAGAAAAGAGUGAGGAGCUCAAGGCAAGACUAAAAACGCUUCAAGAAAUGGCAGAGAGGAAAGCAUAUGCAGAACUUGUGAAGGACAUAACACCCAAGAAAGAUGACACUGAGCCCUUUUCUUCUUACAAGGAUCAAAUGGGAUUCGGGUUACAUGUUGCGCUGACGAUGUUUACUGGCUAUAUGGCUGGUUAUUUUGCAUUCAGAGCAUUAUUCAACCACAGUCCUGCAAUGAAUGCUGCUGGCGGAGUUCUCGGAUUUAUAAUCGGCAUGCUAGUUGAAACAUUUCUUUUUAUAAUUAGAACAUCUAACCAAGAAGUUAGAUCUUCUCAGAAGAAGAAAGAUCAAUAGUCUAGGCCUUUAAAGGGUUGGUCAUUUCUUCUAUUCUAUUAUGUUACACCUACUACUCAACCUGCAAUAUCUCUUGCUAAUGACAUCAAAAUACUUCCUUUAUCACAUUAUUCUCACUUCAUUUUUCAGUGUACCUUAUAUAGUUCUACUUUGUAUCAAUUUUGAAUUUUGGCAAAACUCAAGAAUGAGAGGGGAAAAACCAGAAAAGUAAGUGUAGAAAAUAUUGUUUUACUUUAUUAAUUUAAUAUUCUUAUUUAA